ACACACAACGCUGUCUGCGCCAGACACAAUAAUAUUGCCAUGGAAAACUCGCGUAUGUGUCUACAGAUUCUCCUAUGGAGAGAGGGGAAUGAGAAGCGGACCGGUAUCGUAAUCUGCUCCGGACUGCUGCUUGUCUGAGGAUUGCUAUUAUUUAUUUUCUUUUUUUAAGCACUGACAUUUUUGCUAUUUUUAAAGUCACUCUGAAUGGUAGGCUACCUGAAGAUCUCCCAGAUGUCUUUUCUGCUCUGGUCAGGUGCGCGUUUGAAAGGCGCACCAUAAGUGCCAUAUUUUGGCUGUCUUGCGCCCUGGUUUGGCGCUCUGGUACGCUUUGGAAUUCCAAAAGACAUGGGUGUGUGGGCUCUUUCGCCUCACCGGCGGAACCUGGCUGCAGUUCUUAUUUUCUUUCUACAGAUGGUUUGCGCGCUAGGCUCCCGAGAGCUCCGACACUCAGGACCUGCCUUUGGACCGAGUCUGAAUGGGGAGCAGUCGCUGCUGGAGUCACUCGCGCUGCCCUCCAAUACAGAAUAUGAGCUGGUGGCUCCCUUUGAAGUGGACCAGAAGGGGCGGUACAUCUCGCAUGCCGUGGCGCAUCACCAGAGGCGGCGCCGGCGCGCACUGGACCGGACCGUCUCAACGAGAACCCCCGAGGAGGAUCAGGACCAGGGUUUUUUACAGGACCAGGUCCACUUCAGGCUCAGCGGGCUGAGCCAGGACUUCCACCUGGAGCUGAGGCCCUCGUCCGGGCUCGUCGCUCCUGGGUUCAAAGUGCAGCGGCUGGGCCGCAAUGGAACCGCUGGACUCCUGGACUACAGCCCCCAUGACCUCUGCUUCUAUCAAGGUCAGCUGAGGUCAGAGGUCAACUCCUCGGUGGCCAUGACAACAUGCGGCGGAAUGUCAGGUCUUAUCCGCACCCAGGAGGCGGACUACCUCAUCCGGCCGCUGCAUCCCCACCUGGCCCUGAAGGCCAACUUCACCGCCCCGCGGGGACACCAGCCACACAUCCUCUACCGGCGCUCAGCCGAGCCCCAGCCAGAGCCGGUCCGCAACACCAGGCAUCGCCGUCACCUUGACAAUGGCCAUGAAAAUGAAGUUGACAGUAGACUACAGCAAGAUAACCGUGACAACAGGCCCAGCCCUGGACAGAAGCAGCACUUCUGCGGGAGACGGAAGAAAUAUAUGCCCAAACCUCCACCUGACGACCUGCCCAUCCUCCCUGACGAGUACCCAACCCUGUCGAGGGGCAAGCGCGCUGUACCACUCCACAGCGCCCCUAGAGGCCAGAAGCUGAACGUGGAGACGCUGGUGGUGGUGGACCGCAAGAUGAUGGACAAUCACGGCCAUGAGAACGUCACCACCUACGUCCUGACGGUGCUAAACAUGGUGUCUACGCUGUUCAAGGAUGGUACCAUUGGUGGAGACAUUAAUAUUGCUCUAGUGGGGCUUAUUCUGCUUGAGGAGGAUCAGGAUGGUCUGUCCAUCAGUCACCAUGCGGAUCACACUCUGAAUAGUUUUUGCCAGUGGCAGGCAGGUCUGUCGGGGCGAGAGGGCCAGCGGCAUGACCACGCCAUCCUGCUCACCGGCCUGGACAUCUGCUCCUGGAAGAAUGAACCCUGCGACACCCUGGGCUUUGCUCCUAUCAGUGGCAUGUGCAGCAAAUACCGCAGUUGUACGGUGAAUGAGGACACAGGGCUAGGACUCGCCUUUACCAUUGCACACGAGUCUGGACACAACUUUGGAAUGGUGCAUGAUGGGGAGGGGAAUGUGUGUAAGAAGUCCAUCGGCAACAUCAUGUCUCCCACAUUGGCUGGCCACAAUGGUGUCUUCUCCUGGUCUGCUUGUAGCCGUCAAUACCUCUCUCGCUUCCUCAGCACCGCACAGGCCACCUGCCUGUCAGACGAGCCCCAGUCUGUGGGAGAGUAUGAGUACCCUCGUCAGCUGCCAGGGGAGCUGUAUGACACGGACACCCAAUGCAAGUGGCAGUUUGGGGAGAAGGCCAAACUAUGUACCCUGGACUUCAAGAAGGACAUCUGCAAGGCGCUGUGGUGUCAUAGAGUGGGCCGGAAGUGUGAGACCAAGUUCCUACCAGCCGCCGAGGGCUCCUCCUGUGGUCCUGAGAUGUGGUGCCGGCGGGGCCAGUGUGUGAAGCAGGGGGACUCUGGCCCGGUGGCGGUGCAUGGCCAGUGGUCAUCUUGGUCUGGGUGGUCCAGCUGCUCCAGGAGCUGUGAGAGCGGAGUGACCUACAGGGAGAGGCACUGCAACAGCCCCAAGCCCCUGUACGGAGGCAAGUUUUGCGAAGGCUCGUCUCGCUCCUACAAGCUGUGCAACACCAAAGACUGUCCCCCUGGAGACUCGGAUUUCAGGGCUGUGCAGUGUGCAGAGUUCAACAGCAAGCCCUUCAGAGGAUGGUACUACAAGUGGAGUCCAUAUACACAUGUGGAUGACCGGGAUGCGUGUAAACUCUACUGUUUGGCUGAGGGCUAUGACUUCUUCUUCGCCCUGUCCAGCAAAGUGAAGGACGGCACCCCAUGCGCACCCGGCAGCCCCAACGUCUGCAUUGACGGAGUGUGCGAGAGGGUUGGGUGUGACCGGGUUCUUGGAUCCUCUGCUCGGCCCGAUGCGUGUGGUGUGUGUCAGGGGAACAAUUCCACAUGCAAGAUCUACAAGGGCCAGUACAACAAACAGCACCGUACAAACCAGUACUUCAAUGUGGUGACCAUCCCGGCAGGAGCGCGCAGCAUCCGCGUGCAGGAGGCCAACUCCUCCAGCUCCUACCUGGCCAUCCGGGGCCUGCAGAAGCAGAAGCAGUACUACCUCAACGGCGCCUGGACCAUCGACUGGCCCGGCAGGCACCUCAUCGCCGGCACGGUGUUCGACUACCGUAGGCCCUACAACCAGCCAGAGACCCUCACCGCCAGCGGGCCGACCAACGAGACACUAGUGGUGGAGAUUCUGCUGCAGGGCCGUAACCCAGGUGUCCAGUGGGAGUACAGUCUCAACACCACCAAGGUGGAGCAGCGCAUCCCGCCCAAACACAACUACACCUGGGCCCUCAUCCGAUCCACCUGCUCUGCUACUUGUGCCGGAGGUACCAUGAUGACCAAGGUGGCGUGUUACAGGGACCUUCGUGUGCAGGUGAACACGUCCUUCUGCAACCCGCGCUCUCGUCCGUCCUCUGGAAGCAUGCCCUGUAACACACAGCCCUGUCCCCCCAGCUGGUCUGUUGGGGCGUGGGGUACCUGCAGCCGCACCUGUGGAGAGGCGGAGCAGAGCAGAGUCGUGGAGUGUGUGCAGAGCGUGGGCCCUGGGAAGGUGGAGAAGCUAGCGGACUCCAGGUGCCCCCACCCCACUCCGUCGAGGGUACAGAGCUGCCACAACAACCCCAGCUGCCCGCCACAGUGGAGCACAGGAGCCUGGUCUCAGUGCUCGAGUGUGCGUCGGUGUGGCAAGGGGGUGCGGAGGCGCCUGGUGGAGUGUCGCAGUGUGGGCUUGGGGGCGCGGGCCCUGCCCGAUCGAGCGUGCGAUGCCCAGACCAGGCCCAGCAGCCAGGAGACGUGCCAGCUCAGACGCUGCAGUCGACCCAGCAAGGGCCAGUGGGUCCUCUCCACAUGGACACAGUGCUCCGUGACAUGUGGCGUGGGAGUGCAGAAGCGCCAGCUCAAGUGCGCGGAGAAGGAUGCGGAGGGGAAGUACCAGGAGCUGGUGUCCAAGCGCUGCCAGCAGGCGUCCCCGCCCGCGGUGGAGCUGCAGCGGGCAUGCAUCCAGCCACAGUGCCCCCACUACCACCACCACCACCAGCAGCCUCCACCUCCAGCACCAGCACCCAUCAGCCCCAGCUGGUACACCGCACCCUGGUCACAGUGCACUGUGUCCUGUGGGGGAGGGGUGCAGUCCCGGACGGUGCAGUGUCUCCUUAGUGGCCGGCCAGUCUCUGGAUGCCCCGCCCACCUCAAACCCCCCAUGGCCCAGGCCUGCAACUCACACUACUGCCCCCGGCCAGAGAAGAAAGACAUGGCGUGCCAAGACCACUUCAACUGGUGCUACCUGGUGCCCCAGCAUGGCGUGUGCCACCACAAGUUCUACGGGCAUCAGUGCUGCCAGUCCUGCUCCAAGUCCCACCCCAACCUGUGACAUGGGCAGCAGCACACACAAAGCAGCAGGCAACAGCAAAAAUGAGCCAGGAAAGCAGAAAGCAGGCAUCAAGAUAUUACGCAUCGGCCAUCCUAUAAAACAGUACAUGGCAGUAGUAUGUGUGUGUGUGUGUGUGCACGUGUGGUCUGUGUGCGUGUGUUCAUGUGUGUGUGUGCGCACAUGUGUAUGGUUGUGCGUUCUUUCAUUGAAAAGACCGAAGAUGUGCUACAUUUGAUUGCCAUUUGUUGGAAGAUUUCCUGCUUUCCCUGCACCCAUGUUAGACUUCUGGGCUUGAGGAUGUGACAGAGACAAGUGAAGACAGAGACAAGCAAACAACAGAGACAUCUAGAGAGGUGUCUGGACUGCACAUGGCCAUGGCUUAUGGAAGAGACAUGAACCCACUACUAUUAAUGGGGUCUAAAGACUUGCAGCCAGGAAGACCCAUGCAGUAGAUGUCUGGGAUGUAACCUGGAGGACAUGCUUCAGACAAGACUCAAAGACCUGAGGAUGUGAUUAAAAAGGAGAGCACACAGACAGAAAAGCAUCUCAGUCCUUCGAUAUGAGAUAUCACAACACUAAUCCGUGGAAAAGGUAUCAGAAAGGAACUUAUAAGUCAUGAAGUAUCUGGACUUCAAUGUGUGUGUUGUGUGUGUGUGAUUUCAGGAUCCAACUAAACAGUUGUAGCCUACAACUGUCACAUUACCUGGCCACGAACAUAUUAGAUGCCCAUUCUUUUUAAUCCUUGAAUAACUCUGUAUGUGUAUGUGUACUGUACCAACAGAAGACCUGGCAAUCAAAGGCAGUGCAGCAAAAAAAACCCCGUACAAAACGUCCGUACAAAACGUCCAUCACUGAUGCUCCACAAUGCUGUGUUGUGUGAUGUUUCACAGAAUGAUUUUGUCUGAGAAUCUCACGUCUUGGUGAUCUGGUACUGUCUCACUUAAUCUCUAUGGUGCUAUUGUGUCCUCAUACAUUGGUCGAGGGGAAAGUCCUAUGUUUUUGUUUUGUUUAAGGUUCUAUGGUGCAUUUGUAAUGAGCUGUUGAUGUGUAACUGAACUUGUACAAUCCCUUUGUAUUAGCAGAGGUGUAUAAAGUAGAAGUACUGUUACUGUUGUAGUUACAAGACUAUUAGUAUGAUAUUACAUUGUUGCAGCACUGUAAUAUCGGACUGUUACCGCAGAAAUACACCAGCGGCGAUGCGAUUCAAGCGACAGAGUGUAGAAGCAAUUGAUACAAGCGAUUGAGGAGACAAGAGUAUGUCCGUACAGGCAGAAGGCAAAGCAUUCAAGCAUUCCCAUUGGCUGUGGUCACUGACCUCUAUACAGUCAUUGGCUGUCGCGGCUUGUCGCCGAACCGCGUCAUAGAAAGUUGAAAAGAUUUCAACUUCAAAUUGUCGCGCUCGUCGCGCAAAUCGCUCUAGUCUCCAGAAUCGCUUUUGUCUCUCGACUCAAUACAAAGUCAAUUACUUCCGUCGCUCGACUCGCUCAGAUCGCCGCUGGUGUAUUUCUGCGGUUAGUGCUGUAAUUACAUCCGUAACGCUACCUCUACUGUAUACACCUCUAUGUAUUAGUCGUGUUUAUUUAUUAGCAGUGCCUGUGCGCUGUGCACUGAGGUGGGUGUGAUGCACCUCCAAUGCAUCUACUAGUUUUGUAUUUGUUUCAUUUUUUUGUAAUGGUUUGCUAUUUAGUUUCAUUUUUUUAAACUAUGUCUCCUUUUUGUUUGUUUGUUCUUGUUUUUGCUUUUGCAUUAAAUUGUGUUUGCAUUCAACUUACAGCAGGGUUAGAAGAAAACGAAAUGUGUCAAACUGGCGUGAAUUAUGAAGCCAAUAUACUGAGCAGAGCGCAGUCAUAUGUCAUACUUGGGCUGUUAUGGUGGUGCUUUGCCUUUUUUUGCAUAGCGGUGGUAAGAAUUCUCCUCAUGCCCUGAAUUUUUCCUGUGCUGCAAUGUGAGUAUGUCAUUAUUAGGGGUCUGAUGCCUAUGUGUGUGUUGGUUUUGGAUGCGCACUCAGCCAAGGUCUGGACUGAGAUGAUGGUAUGCAGUAAGACUCAUAAUUAUCACCAGCAGCAA